AUGAAGCCACAUCAAUAACUUAAUACAGAUGAAGAUGAAAUGCUUCCUGAUGAGCCUUGGAAAGAUUACAUUGAUCAAUUCAAAGACUUCAAGUAGAAGGCAGGCCAUAAAACCGAAUAAGAUGACUAGCUAUUGAUAAAACUUGAAUAAAACAUCAAUCAGAUUGGUAAGGGUCCUAAGCCUAAUCCUGAUAAAGCCUAAUUCAUCCACAAAACGAAAUGUCUUUUGUUGAGAGUUAAGAAGGAUUUACAUUUAUUUUUUGCAGAGGAGCAUGAAUUGAAUCUCCAAUGCAUCACAAUUAUGUUAAUUCAAAUAUUAGAGGAUUAUCCAUAUAUCUUUAAUGAAUUACAACAAUAGAUACUGGAGAUGCUUACUUGUCUGACACUAAAGGAUUAUACUUUGAUCCUAUUGAUCAAUUCGAUAAGUCUAAAGGAGUAUAUUAAGAAAUUAACAAAGGAAAUAUUCUUGGAUUCAACACAAUACAACCCAACAAGUGAAAUUCUUUUUCUAUUAAUUGUGAUGAUGAUUGCCCAUUUUGAUUUUAUCAAGAAUCCAGAAUUAGAGAUGGUGUAAUUGGUAGUGAAAUGUUUUCAGCAUUAUCAGGAUCAAAGAGAUAAAACAUUGAAGGAACGGGAAGCCUAUGACUAGAGAAAAAAGUUCGAAAAAAAGAUAGUUAGAAAGCAAGGACUGGAUAAAGAGCCAUAAGAACUUCCUCCUGAAUUGAAAUACAUGUAGGUUCCACCAGAAACUUGUAAAAUAUUGAAAUUAGGUUUAUCACUCAUUCCGAAUAACAUUUGUUAAAUGCCUUCAUCUUAUAAAUAUUAAUAGUCUGAGGAGAUCAUGAAAGAAACAUCUCUUAAUGUCUUUUUUUGUACAUUAAGUUUCAAGAUUAAAUAAACACUAGUGUAAACGAUAAAAGAAAAUAAAAGAGAUUUUGAUGUAGUCUAGAUGUUAGUGGACAUCGCUGGAAUGCCAGAAUGCUUUACACAAUAAAGAGAGGCUUUGAGAACUGUUAAUAUGUUCUUAGAAGGAUUUGAUGACACUUUGUUAUGGAUUAAGUUUGAUUCCACCAAUCUAUUCGACAAUAGCAACUUAAAUAAUAUAUUGAUCUUCGGAGACCCCACUAAAUUGACUAUAGAUCAAGGAUUAUUUUAUGAUGGUUGUGGGUGUUAUUUUGAUAAGGAUUAAGUGCUUCAAUUGGAAGAUCCUUUGAAAAUCAAUAAAAAACAGAUCUCAGUGGUCUUUUGGAUGGUCAUGUUUAAUCCUGAAACUAGUAAGACGAGAGGUGCUUCAAAUAAUUACUAAAUACGUACAUUGCUGGGUUCUAGUGAUGGAUUUACUUCCUUGAUUAUUUCAGAUGCCUACUCCUAAUUAUUGGGGAUCACCAAUGUUGGUCCAGAUGGAUAUGGAUACAAGUUUUUUGAACCUAAGAAUUCUGAAAAGAACCUUUCUGGAUGGAAUCAUGUUGUGAUCAUCUUAGAUAAUGAAUAACAAUCAGCAUUUCUAUAUUUGAAUGGCAAUUAUGAAAGUCAAAUAAAUAAAGUGACUACUUAAUUUGAUAUUUAAUUUAUUGGUAAUAGUGCAUCAUUGGAUUAACCGAUUGGUUAUAUCUGCGAUUUGCGUAUCUAUCCUAGAAUUUUAAAUGAAACAGAAAUUAAAACAUUGUCAUACUACGAUAAAAAAUAGGUUAUGCUUAAUAGUAAGUCAGACAUUGUAGAUUAAAUUCUGAGUAAUAAAGUUAUUGUAGAUCUUAAAAGAUUAUUAGGCUAUUUCACAGGUAAGAACUCUGAAGCGUUGAUCUAGGCUCUUUAAAUUCUAUCUAAGUUAUGUUAAGCCACCACUAUCUUUCGACUGGAGUGUGCCAAGUAUGGAAUCUUUGAUUUGGCUAUGCAACUCUUACCUUCCCCUAAUUAACAAAUAUCAUAUUAUGCUGGAUAAUUAAUUAAUAAUAUGAAAUGA